CUGACUUGCCUGGUUAAAUAAAGGUACAAAUAAAUGGUAGACACACCUAACCUCUGACCCCUCUCACAGAAAGCCCAGGCAGAGGACAAUGAGCGUAAAUGGAAAGGAACCUCCACCCUACAACACACCAGUUGAAGGACAAGGUGAUAGUGGGGUGAAGGUAUAUCAUGUCCAUACCCCCUUCAACCCUCCUUCCUCCACCAUCCCCUCCAGUGACUACUCUGUGUUUCAGUCUCAGUCUCAGGGAAAGCCAGUGUACACCAGUGGAGGAGGUGGUAUUGGAGGAGGUGGGGAAACUCCCACUCAGAAGUUUGUGAGUUAUGACACAGAACUGGGCCGUUCAGAGGGCAUGACCACCUGUACUUCCUGUCAACAACAGGUGAUGACGAACGUGACCUAUAAAGUCGGAGCCUACGCCUGGCUCAUGUGCAUCCUCUUCAUCCUCUGUGGGUUGGUAGUGGGCUGCUGUCUGAUCCCGUUCUUCAUGAAACACUUUAAGGAUGCGUACCACUCCUGUCCUCGUUGCAACCGCAUUAUCCACGUGGACAAGCCACGCUGCUGCUGACCACCCUACCACCACCCACCACUAGGGGAGCUGUUGCUGACCGCCAUACCACCACCCACCACUAGGGGAGCUGUUGCUGACCGCCAUACCACCACCCACCGCUCUACCACCACCCACCACUAGGGGAGCUGCUGCUGACCACCCUACCACCACCCACCACUAGGGGAGCUGUUGCUGACCGCCAUACCACCACCCACCGCCCUACCACCACCCACCGCCCUACCACCACCCACCGCCCUACCACUAGGAAAGCUGCUACUGACCACCAUAACAUCACCCACCACUAGGGGAGCUGUUGCUGACUGCCAUACCACCACCCACCACUAGGAGAGCUGCUACUGACCACCAUAACAUCACCCACCACUAGGGGAGCUGUUGCUGACUGCCAUACCACCACCCACCACUAGGGGAGCUGCUACUGACCGCCAUACCACCACCCACCACUAGGGGAGCUGUUGCUGCCUGCCACACCACCACCCACCACUAGGGGAGCUGUUGCUGACUGCCAUACCACCACCCACCACUAGGGGAGCUGUUGCUGAUUGCCAUACCACCACCCACCACUAGGAGAGCUGUUGCUGACCGCCUUAAUACCACCCACCACUAGGAGAGCUGCUACUGACCGCCAUACCACCACUAGGGAGCUGUUGCUGAC